AUGUACCAGACAAAGGUCACUGGGGAGAAUGGAACCACAAAAAAGGAAGCGGAAGCACUUGGGACAUCACAGUUGGAUGUUACCACUGUCAGAAUCGAUGAGCAGGAUAAAGUUGUGAACCUGGCUCAAACUAACAUUGGAAGCACAAAGGUCACCGAAGAAGAAUUGGCUGAAUUGGGACUGGAUGACCUUUCACUGAACGAUUUGACUGCAGGUGAUGACCUUUGGGCAACUCCAAUGGUCUCAGACGAAUCGAACGAAUCGUACUUCACGGACGAUGAAACAACGAUAAAUAUGUCCUUCCAAACUGCAAUGAAAGAGGCUGAUCGCGCUGAAGGAAAGGUCAUCAAUGUUCGGCCACCGUCACCGAACAGUCCCACGUCAACUUUGAAAAGACGUGUCAAGGAAUUGGAAGAGGAACUUAAAGCCAAGGAAGGUCAGGCAACAAAAAAGAAGCAGGAAUAUCAAAACCGAAUAGGAUCCCUUGACGCUCGUAUUUAUGAACUGGAGCAGCAACAGGGCGACUUGGAAAACGCAGCGGACGAAUGGAAAAUCAAAUAUGAGCGCCAAAAAGAACUCGCAGAGGAAUACUUGAAAAUGGUCGAUGACAGAGAAAUGGAAGGUCACCUCGCGGUUAGCGAAUUGAACGAAAGCAUGUCGGAAGAAUCAGCGGAAAGGUUACGGCACUUAGCCGAAUUAAAGGAUGAAUGCGACUCAUUGAAGCUAAAGGUCACCGAAGCGGAUGCCAAGAGAGACGAAUAUGCGAAUAAACUUGCGGAAGCUUCGCAGCGACUGUUGACAAACACAAACGAGGUGUUUAAGCUCAGAAACGAACUAAAGCAGCGGGACGAGAACAUCGGAAUCCUUCAAAGAGAAUCGAAAGGUCAUCAAAGAAGAGCUGAUGAAGCCGUCCAAGCGGCUAAGGACCUGAGGGACCUUGCAGCCACCGAAG